AUGAAUGUGCAGGCUUGCUCUAGGUGUGGGUACGGAGUGUACCCUGCUGAGAAGAUCAACUGUCUUGACCAGAUAUGGCACAAAGCUUGUUUUCACUGUGAAGUUUGCAAGAUGAUGCUAUCGGUGAAUAACUUUGUGAGUCACCAGAAAAAGCCAUACUGUCACGCCCAUAACCCCAAGAACAACACUUUUACAAGUGUCUAUUACACUCCAUUAAAUCUAAAUGUGAGGAAACCUCCAGAGGCCAUUUGUGGGAUCGAUGGCCAAGAGGAUGGUGAACGGUUUAAGUCAGUUUUUCACUGGGACAUGAAAUCCAAGGAUGAGGCUGCUGCACCUAACAGGCAACCACUGGUGGAUGAGAGAGCCUAUUGGAGUGGAUACAGGGAAGGGAAUGCCUGGUGCCCAGGAUCUCUGCCAGACCCUGAAAUCGUAAGGAUGGUGGAGGCACGAAAGUCACUGGGUGAGGAGUAUCCAGAAGACUAUGAGCAACAGAGAGGCAAAGGGAGUUUUCCAGCCAUGAUCACACCUGCUUAUCAAAGGGCCAAGAUCGCCAACCAGCUGGCCAGCCAAGUGGAGUACAAGAGAGGGCAUGAUGAGCGCAUCUCCAGGUUCAGCACGGUGGCGGAUACCCCCGAGCUGCUCCGGGCCAAGGCUGGUGGACAGCUUCAAAGUGAUGUGAGAUACACAGAGGCCUAUGAACAGCAGAGAGGGAAAGGCAGUUUUCCUGCUAUGAUCACACCUGCUUAUCAGAUAGCCAAAAGAGCCAACGAGCUGGCAAGUGAUGUGAGAUACCAUCAACAAUAUCAAAGAGAAAUGAAGGGAGUGGCUGGCCCUGCUGCUGGAGCGGAGGGCCCGUUGCCAAAGGAAUACAUGGACCAGUAUGGCCAGAGUUACUCGGAACAGUAUGGUGAGCACAGAGGAAAGGGUAGCUUCCCGGCCAUGAUCACCCCAGCUUAUCAGAACGCCAAGAAAGCCAACGAACUCGCUAGUGAUAUAAAAUACAGGCAGGACUUCAAUAAGAUGAAGGGCGCUGCGCAUUAUCAUUCCCUCCCAGCCCAGGACAACUUGGUUCUGAAGCGGGCUCAGAGUGUGAACAAGCUCGUGAGUGAGGUGGAGUAUAAGAAGGAUCUGGAAAGUAGUAAAGGUCAUAGUAUCAACUACUGUGAAACGCCUCAAUUCAGGAACGUGUGCAAGAUCUCAAAAUUCACCAGUGAUAAUAAAUAUAAAGAAAACUACCAGAACCGCAUGAGAGGCCACUAUGAAGGAGUUGGGAUGGACAAACGGAUGCUCCAUGCUCUGAAGGUUGGAAGCCUGGCAAGCAAUAUCGCCUACAAGGCUGAUUACAAACAUGAUAUUGUCGACUACAACUACCCGGCCACUCUUACCCCUUCCUAUCAAACAACAAUGAAACUGGUUCCCUUGAAAGAUGUCAACUACAGGCAAAGCAUCGACAAGCUGAAGUACAGCUCUGUGACCAACACACCUCAGAUUGUUCAAGCCAAAAUCAAUGCCCAGCAACUGAGUCAUGUGAAUUACCGUGCUGACUACGAGAAAAACAAGUUGAAUUACACGUUGCCCCAGGACGUACCUCAGCUGGUGAAGGCCAGAACCAAUGCAGAACUUUUUAGUGAGGUCAAGUACAGAGAAGGCUGGGAGAAGACAAAGGGGAAAGGAUUUGAGAUGAAGCUGGAUGCCAUGUCUCUGCUGGCUGCCAAAGCUUCCGGAGAGCUUGCGAGCAAUAUUAAAUACAAAGAGGAGUAUGAAAAAGCAAAAGGCAAAGUGCUGGGAACUACAGACUCGAGGCUGCUGCACUCGCUCCAGGUUGCCAAGAUGAGCAGUGAGGUUGAAUACAAGAAAGGCUUCGAAAAGAGUAAGACCCACUUUCACCUGCCCAUGGACAUGGUCAACAUCAGGCAUGCUAAGAAGGCUCAGGCUCUGGCCAGUGACCUGGACUACAGGAAAAAACUGCAUGAAUACACUGUGCUGCCCGAAGAUAUGAAGACUCGCUGGGCCAAGAAAGCCUACGGGCUCCAGAGCGAGCUGCAGUACAAGGCUGACCUGGCGUGGAUGAAAGGGGUUGGGUGGCUGACCGAGGGCAGUCUCAAUUUGGAACAGGCCAAGAAGGCCGGACAGCUGGUCAGCGAGAAAAACUACAGGCAGAGGGUAGAUGAGCUGAAGUUCACCAGUGUGGCCGACAGCUCCCAGAUGGAGCAUGCCAAGAAGAGCCAGGAACUGCAGAGCGGGGUGGCCUACAAGGCAGAGCACGAGCAGUCCGUCCAUCAGUACAGCAUUAGCAAAGACGAGCCUCUCUUCCUUCAGGCCCGAGCCAACGCUGCCAACCUCAGCGAGAAACUGUACAAGAGCAGCUGGGAAAACCAGAAGGCGAAAGCGUUUGAUCUGCGUCUUGACUCCUUGGCCUUCCUGGCAGCCAAAGCCAAGAGGGACCUGGCCAGUGAGGUGAAGUACAAAGAGGAUUAUGAAAAAUCCAGAGGGAAGCUCAUUGGAGCUCAGGGUGCCCAGGGGGAUUCGCAAAUGAGCCACUCGCUGCACAUGUCCAAGCUGCAGAGUGAACUGGAAUACAAGAAGGGCUUCGAGGACACCAAAUCCCAGUGCCACGUCCCCCUGGACAUGAUCCAUCUCGUGCAUGCCCGCAAGGCUCAGCACUUAGCCACAGACAUAGGCUACAAGACGGCAUCCCAUCACUUUACAGCUUUGCCCACAGACAUGAAGGUGGAAUGGGCCAAGAAGGCUUAUGGUUUACAGAGUGAUAACCAAUACAGGGCAGAUGUGAAGUGGAUGAAAGGGACGGGCUGGGUCGCCACCGGGUCAUUAAAUGUGGAGCAGGCGAAGAAGGCAGGAGAACUCAUUAGCGAGAAGAAGUACCGGCAGCAUCCAGAUGCUUUGAAGUUUACCAGUAUUAAAGACACUCCGGAGAUGGUCCAGGCCAGAAUUAGUUAUACCCAAGCAGUGGAUAGGUUAUACCGGGAACAAGGAGAAAACCUAAAGCAUCAUUACACGCAGACCGCCGACCUCCCUGAAGUCCUGCUGGCCAAGCUGAAUGCCAUGAAUAUCAGCGAGACACGUUAUAAGGAAUCCUGGAGCAAACUUCGAGACGGUGGCUAUAAACUGAGACUGGAUGCCAUUCCGUUCCAGGCAGCAAAGGCUUCUGGCGAAAUCAUAAGUGAUUACAAAUACAAAGAGGCAUUUGAGAAAAUGAAAGGGCAGAUGCUCGGCUCCCGGAGCUUGGAAGAUGAUAUCAGCCUUGCACAUUCAGUGUACGCGAGCUCUCUGCAGAGCCAAGUGAAUUACAAGAAAGACUUUGAACACUCAAAGGCACAGUUCCAUCUGCCGCUGGACAUGGUAACCCUGGUGCAUGCCAGGAAGGCUCAGACCCUGGCCAGCCACCAGGACUACAGACACCCGCUCCCCCAGCACACGUCCUUGGCCGAGGACCUGAGGCUCAGCUGUGCCAAGAGAGCUCACAAGUUGCAGAGUGAGAAUUUGUACCGGUCGGACCUGAACUUUAUGCGAGGUGUUGCCUGUGUCAUUCCAGGCACAUUAGAGAUUGAAGGGAGAAAGAGAGCAUCUGAACUCAUCAGUGAGAGUAAAUAUCGUCAGCAUCCCCAGUCGCUCAAGUACACAGCCGUGACAGACACACCCAGCCUCACUCAUGCAAAGCUCAGCAGCCAGAUUACAAACGAGCGCCUCUAUAAAGCAGCAGGAGAAGAUGUGAGACACCAGUACACCAUGACCCUGGAUCUGCCUGAGUUUGUCCGAGCGAAAACAAACGCGGCCAAUCUGAGUGACGCAAAAUACAAGGAGUCUUGGAGGAAUCUCCAUGCUCAAGGCUACAAGCUGACAAUAGAUGCUCUGCCCUUCCAGGCAGCUCGAGUCUCUGGAGACAUAGCCAGUGAUUUUCUCUACAGACAUGACUUUGUGAAGGAGCGAGGACGGCUGAUCGGGGCCCAGAGCGUGAGUGACGACCCCCGGCUCCAGCACUGCCAGCGGAUGGGCCAGCUGCAGAGCGAGCUUCAGUACAGGAGGCAGGCGGCGGGUAGCAGCGCCCGGUGCCACCUGCCCAUGGACAUGCUGCCGCUGGUCCACGCCAGGAAGGCCCAGGCCCUGGCCAGUGACCUCGACUACAGGACGCGCUGCCACGCGUUCACGGCGCUGCCCGAGGACCUGAAGAUGGCCUGGGCUAAGAAGGCUCAUGCGCUGCAGAGUGAGUUGCGCUACAAGUCGGACCUGAUGGGCAUGAAGGGUAUAGGAUGGCUGGCGCUGAGUUCCCCACAGAUAGAAAGUGCAAAGAAAGCCGGAGAGCUCAUCAGUGAGACCAAAUACCGUAAAAAACCAGACACCAUCAAGUUUACCACAGUGGUUGACUCCCCGGACCUAGUUCAUGCCAAGAACAGCUACAUGCAUUGCAAUGAGCGCCUGUACAGGUUGGGGGAUGCUGAAUCCCGACACAGGUACACCCUGGUGCCCGACCACCCCGAUUUCACCAGAGCCCGCCUCAACGCCCUGCAUCUGAGUGACAAAGUCUACAGACACUCCUGGGAGCAGACCCGGGCUGGCGGCUACGACUUCAGGCUGGAUGCCAUCCCAUUCCAGACGGCACGGGCAUCGAGGGAGAUUGCCAGUGACUUCCGGUACAAAGAGGCCUUCCUGCGGGACCGGGGCCUGCAGAUUGGGUACCGCAGCAUCCACGACGACCCAAGGAUGAAGCAUUUCCUCAGCGUCGGCAGACUCCAGAGUGACAACGAGUACAAGAAGGACUUCGCCAAGAGUCGGUCCCAGUUCCACAGCCGCCCAGACCAGCCCGGCUUCCUCCAGGCCAAGAGGAGCCAGCAGCUGGCCAGCGACGUGCACUACAGGCAGCCCCUGCCCCAGCCCACCUGCGACCCGGAGCAGCUGGGCCUGAAACACGCGCAGAAGGCUCACCGGCUGCAGAGCGAUGUCAAGUACAAAUCUGACUUGAACCUGACCAGAGGUAUUGGCUGGACACCUCCUGGCUCCUACAAAGUGGAAAUGGCUCGGCGGGCUGCAGAACUGGCCAACGCGAGGGGCCUGGGUCUCCGAGGGGCUUAUGGGGUGCCGGAGGCUGUGGAGACCGGAGAUGAUCAGAGGGGGGUUGUAAACCCAGAUGCCACCGAGAUUCUGCACGUCAAAAGGAGGAAGGCCCCCCCGUUCUGA